AUGGCGGUUUCUUCUAAUAACAAGUCUCCUUCUCCACUCUCUAUAAGAUCCUUUUCACCUCAUCCAAGAACCUCCGAAAACAACAAUUCUACACCCAGAAGAAGCUUCAACGGCAACCCUUUUUCGCGGCCUUCGGUUCUUGCAACCCACAGAGGAUUCAAUGCUAUUACUCCUGUAAUAGCCAUGCUGAUUGGACAAGAGUGCAAAACUGAAAUCACCGGCAAAGGGUUCCAAGAAUUUCAUGUCUCUGACGAUUUCAGUUUCUUCCAAGAUUGCUCAAUCCCCGAAAAAGAAAAUCUGGUGGAGAGAAAUGAUCCUGUAAGGACUUCAAUCACCUUAUCCGACGGUAAAUCUACGUUCUUUUCUGCAAAUUCUGAAGAACAUAAUCAAAAUUCUGAGAAGGCUAUGGAGCCUAAGAAGACUGUUCCUGUUGAUGGUUUUCCUUCGGUUACCAAAACCCCAAAAAGGGUAACAUUUUCGGAGGCAUCUUUAAAUUCUGAAUCCCUUUCUGAUACUAUAACAAUGGAUUCUAACAUUUGCAAUGAUGAACCAUUGGUCUCUGCUACAAUUGCCUCACUAGAUGCUUAUCCCUCUCUACCUCUAUAUGACCCUAAAACCAAUUACCUUUCUCCAAGGAAACCCAAGCUAGAUGACUGCUACUUGUUUGAGUUACUGUCUGAGAACCUUUCAGACACAGAUGGCAGUGAAAGUUCUCGAACUGAAGAUUUAUUGGAAGAGUUUGAUGGUUCUUCUUCAGAAGAGGCGUUCACUAAAGCAACGGUUGAUCAAGAAGAGGAACCUGCAAUGCCUGUUGCUAAGCAAAUUGAUGAACCUACACUACCUAUUGCUGAGGAUAUAUCUGAGGCAAAAAUGAAAUCACAAUCAAGAUCUUCAACAAUAUUGAGGUUUUUAUCUCUGAUGUUGGUACUUAUGAUUGCUUUCUUAUCAUUCUCAGUAACUGAUUCUCCUAUAGUUGCUACCCCUAGGUCUAUUAUAGACUUAAGAUUCUCUAAUGUCAGUAUUCCAUCACAUAUUCUGGUCUUGGAUUUUCCAGUCUUAGCUAAGGCUAAUAGUUACUUUAAGCAAUUCUCGGGUGAAGCGAUUUCUUAUUUCUCAAAGUUGAUUAAUGACCUUGGUAGAAUAGAUGAUGUGCAUCCGAUUAAAUUCAUGAACUUGACUGCUCUAGAAGAAAGUAGCAAUAUAUAUCACGGAUAUUUGAAAGGCAGUACUGGUAGUGAGGAAUUGGAUAAAAAGUUUGAACCAAUUGAGUUAGAAGAGGAUGAAGAAUCUGAAACUGAGCUAGAUGAGGAAGAAUUUCAAAUGGCUGCUGAUUUAGAUGAAGGUGAGGAGGUUGACAUUGAAAGAGUGGAUGUGUUGGAGAUUGAAGAAGCUUCCGCAAUUCAAUUAGCCAAGGUAAAUGGGGCUGAUAUCUUAGAAAAGGAUGUAAAACAAAGAAAGCAUGAUUUGGUGGAGACUGAAAAAGUUUUUGUUGUCCCAGCUGAGGGGAAUGAAUUUGAUAGUUUAGAAAGGGAUUUGCACCAAGGGCUUACAACUUCUAAUGUUGAGGUUGAGUUGGCUGAAUCCCAAUCUUUCAUUGUUGAUAAUGCACUUGAGUCGAUGAUUGACAAUCCUGAAAGUAUAGUGAAAGAAAUUUCAAUUGUUGAAGAAGACCAACCUUUGGAAAUGAUGGAGUCUCCAAUAAGACAUGAUGAAGAUAAUGCUGGUGCAUAUCAGAUCCUGGAAAUUUCCUCACUUGUACUGAGUUUGCUUGUUGGUACAGUUCUCUACAUGAAGAGAAGAAGUGAUAAGACUUUGCAUCUAGUAGCAGUCUCAAAGGUUGAUGAGGCUCAGAGCAUUGAGAAGAAACCUAGAAAGAGUAACAAGAGAGAAUCCUUGGUUGCAUCUGAGUUCUCAAUGGGUUCACCUUCAUAUGGAAGUUUCACUACAUAUGAGAGGAUUCCUGCCAAGCAUGCAAGUGGAGGAGAAGAAGUCAUCAUCCCCAUAAGACGCUCGAGCAGAAUUAGAAGCCAUGUCAAUUUCUCCAUGAAGACUCUGAAGUCGCGUCACUGCUGCACUGACAACUGA